AUGGAGUUUCAAUCGUGGCUUUGCUUUUUGGUUUUAUGCAUUUCUGUGACAGUAUGCGAGCUGCUGUGCCCGUAUACAAAAGUGGAAGAAAGCUUUGGCAUGCAGGCCAUGCACGACUUUAUUUUUUGCUCAACCACGGCCUGUGGAGAUCAUCUUAUGUUUCCGGGGGUGGUUCCGCGAACGUUCUAUGGGUCAUAUAUUGUUGCCGUGACAGCGUUGUUUUGCGUACUUGUCAUGAAGUCUAUAGGUACGGUUGCCAAAUAUCUCGGUGUCCUUCUAGGUCUGAUGAGGGGUAUGAUGGGUGCGAGAAGCGUGGUGCUGCUGCCUUUCGUGGAGGUGUCUGCACUGCAGAGCCCUAUGUUUUUCUCUCAUGCGUGCCGGCUUGUCAUGGGGUUUAUGGUUUGCGGUGCGCUGUGGUACAUUGCGAGUGGCAUCGAUGUGAACGAGAGGAAAUUUGUAAAGCUCACUAAAAAUUCGGGGUGGAGGCGUUUUCGUGCUGCCUCUGCAUUUUUUGUUUUAUGUAACCUGCAGUUCCACAUGGUGUUUUAUGCAACGCGCACGUUGCCAAACACCAACGGACUCAUUUUAUGCAGUUUGGCGUUCGGAUGCAUAGUGCGUGGGAGGUACCGUCUUUCCAUUGUGCUACUAAGUGUCUGUACGGCUGUCUUUCGCUGCGAUACCGUUUUGCUGCUUGGGUCAUUGGGACUCUUUUUGUUGUUACGACGUGAGAUGGGUAUUUUUCAACUUGUAGCGGUCAGUCUUUUCUCCAUGGUGAUCGCAGUUUGCUGCAGCGUUGUUUUGGACAGUUUCCUCUGGGGCGAUUGGGUGUGGCCUGAGGGCGUUGUGUUGUUUUUUAACACGGUUAAAAAUCAAUCUUGGCGUUGGGGACGAUCACCGUGGCACUGGUACUUUACUUACGCUCUACCGCGGGCCUUUUUGUUUGCGUUUUUUCCGCUUCUGUUGUUGGUGGGCUUGGCGUGCUGGGAUCUGGGCCGGUGGCUGAUGCAUCGUACGCCCCCGUCACCCUCUCCAGUUGGGACGUUAUUUUCAAUUUGGCUGGACACGAGCGUGCGGUUCCAGUCCCUGCUUCUUCCUGCAACGCUCUUCGUUGUGUUGUACAGCUUCCUGCCGCACAAGGAGCUGCGAUUUAUUAUGGAAGUGUUCCCAGCCUUUUUAGCGCCCAUGGCCUACGCCAUCGCACUCACAUGGAAUGCGUGCGUUGGGGCGCAAGAAGCUGCUUCGACCAAGUUGACGGGUAGGAAGGGAGUGCCUGCGGCGCAACGGCCGGCGGUCCCUACUACGAACAGCCAACAUUGUACACGCGUUGAUGGUCGCUGUGGGCGAAUGAAGUACUCUCUUGCGGUUGUGUUGGGGUGUGUGUUUUUGCUGCAGCUCGCGGCUUUUGUGCUGUCGGUGGGUGUCAGCAUGCAGCAUUAUCCCGGCGGCCAAGCGUUGGCAAAGUUGCAUCAUGUCAUUGAUUCGGAUAUUCGUGACAGCUCUUCCUGCAUUAACCGAGUACACAAGAGUCGCGCCAACAGCACGGUUUCACUCACGGUAUUUAUUGACGCUUACGCUGCCAUGUCGGGCAUCAAUCGGUUUCAGAAGGCGCAUCGUGUGCUUCCUCCAGGGCGUGCGAGUGAUAAGGUGGGGUGCCUCUCAUUAACUUCCUAUUCUGUCGGAGAUAGACUUUUUUCUUUGCUUUGCCUUCCAUUCGUGGCGAUUCUAAAGGUAACUGAGCGGCGAGCUACUUCACUCAAUCGGUGGAGUGAGUACGACUAUCUGAACCUGUAUAGAAACAAUGGGGAGGCUGCUGUGUUUGGCGACAACGUGAGUAUAAUUCCGUUUGCCUUCACUAACACGCAGCUGCGAGGAGUGGGGCUGUGUUACACUAAGGAUCCUACGCUGUUUGAUGAGGAGCACGGUGUGUACAAUGGUGAUGGGCUGGACUACCUAUUGGUGAGAUACUCCCAGCGUGAAAUGCACCGUCAACGCGGUGAGUUUGAGGAGAUAUUUACCGUGUUCCAUCCAGACUUCUGGUCAUUGUUAUAUUAUUGGGCCAGUCGCCUCUGGCCAUGGAACGAGCACCAUCGUUUGUUCAGUGAACAGCUUGACGAGCCAUUUCUUAUAGCUUUGCGUCGGCGGUGCAAGUAA